CUUCGCCUCACGCGGUCACACCCUCACCUCGGCGCCCAACACAAAGCCAGAAGGAGGGACACAGCGAGAGGAAAGACCGAAAGACAGCAGCCAAAGUUGGAGGGAGACCCAAGGCAGACGGCAACGAGGCAGUCGCAAAGGAAAGGAGGGAGCUUUGCUGGGCUGGAGUGGUCGAGUGGAGUGGCUCACCGCCUGACCGACUGAGCCAGGGGGGCAUUCGGGCGUCCCACCCCGCGCGGGGGUGAGAGAGACAGAGAGGAGAAAAAGCGGCGCCUCAUCACGGUCGCCCGCCUGCUCGGCCUCUUCUUCUCCCUCCCCUUCCUGUCUCUGCGUCGCGUUGCGGUUGUGCGCACCUGGUCGUUCUCGGUUUCCUCCCCAGCCGGUCCUCUCGGGCUCCGUUUUCCUUCCGGGCCGCUCUUGGCGCCUUGCUCUCCGGCCUCUUCCUUGCCGGCCACGCCCUUCCUGCGCAUUGCUUCUCUGAUCCCCGCCGGGCCGCUUCGCGUUCCCUUGAUUGACUCCACUCGCCGACUUGUAUGCGUCCGUCUCGGCGGCGGCGGUUGGUGCUGUGAGCGACUCGCGGCGGGACGAGGGAUUCCGUCGCGCUCAGGCGCCCUCAGGAGCCGACGGCAUAUUGUGCAUGGAGGGUGAGGAGGACAGCUCCGGCUCCGUGGUGCAGCGCCCGCCGCCACCGCAGCAGCAGAUACGGGUGGUGCGCUGCCCCAAGUGCGACAAACUUUUGCCGGAGCUGCCCAAUUACUCCGUCUACGUCUGCGGCGGUUGCGGCGCCACGCUCCAAGCAAAGAAGAGCUCAGGAUCUGAUACUUCUUCAGAUAAGUCUGAUACUGAGCAUGUGAAGUACCUUGAAGUGCUUGAGAGUUUACCAGAUAAGAAAGGAGCAGCAUCUGAAGCUAGCUGUGCUGUUCGAGAAGCAGACACCAACAAGAUCGAAGCUAGGUCAGAAGAGAGAUUUGCACCCAACAGAAUGGUGGCGGCUGCACAUAGCCAAUCUGGAUUCAGUUUCGAUGAUAACCAUGCUACUUGUGCACCCAACUGCACCAUGAAACUUGAACCUGCACUUAGAGAUGACAGCAGGGAAGUUAAGGAGGCAAAAUACCGCCGCAUUCGUCUUGAAGAGAAAGGAGAAGCAAAGCAGCCAGCGAGGGCAAGUGACAGAUCACCAAGGCCUGUGGUUAGCAACAUCCCUUCUAAUGCUUACCCUUUAGAAGGGCCAUCUGAGUGUCAUAAAAAACCAGGAUUCAUAUAUGCUAGCGGUGAGAAGGGACAUCUGAGUGACAAGAAUUUAGAUGUUCCUAGCACCAGAGCCGGUGGCCUUGAGAAAGACCGUACUGAGCUUCUGCGGAUGCUCGAUGAGUUGAGGGACCAGGUACAGAGAUCCUACGAGAUUGCUGACAAGUCAAGUGUGAAUGCUUCAACAAAUAGAAUGGUGGAUCCUGCAAGCUCCUACAAUCCUCAUGAGCGUCUGAGUCGAUUGCGGUAUGGUUCACCUCAGUUGCAGCGUAAUGGUUCUCAGUGCUCACCUUCUUUGAAUGGACAGGCACCUGUUGUUCCUCCUGCUUAUCCUUCAGUAUCUGUACAGCAAGAUCUCCAUGGAUACGGACAAUCUGUUGCACAUAUGGGAGCUCCUAUUUACCCAGCCGCCCCUUAUCCAUGGAGAAACUUCGAUAACUAUUUCCAUGGACAGUAUGAUCCUGACCCUCUGAUCUCUUAUCACCAUGACGGCUUCUACCAUCAGCCUGCUUGCUCUUGCUUACAUUGUUACCAUCGUGAAUUAUUACCUGUUCAUGGGGCUCCACUGGGUUUCAACCAUCGCAGGGCACCAUAUCUUAUGAACAACCCUGUAGAAGGCCCGGUGGUGUUUGGUGCACAGAACUACAAUCCAAGAGGUAUUAAUGGUCUGAUGCGACACAAUCAUCUGAGGGACACCCUGAGUAAAAAACCUGCACAGACUUGUGAACCAAUUGCCAAUGGUGCCCCUUUUACCAUAUGCUACAAUUGCUAUGAAGUACUGCAUCUUCCCAAGAAUUCUCUCAUGCUGGGAAAAGAUGAGUACAAGCUGCGCUGUGGGUCAUGUUCACAUGCAAUUGUGGUCAGACUUGAUGGAAACAGGCUUGAUGUUUCAGCACCUACACCAGUUUCACACUUAUCACCUGGAAGUAAAAAUUACUCCAACAAUGGCCAAGGAAGCAAUGGACAAAAUGCUGACGAGAGACUUCUUCCAUCUUAUAGCUUUUCUGCAGGCAGUCAUUUCUCUCAAGAAAAAGAUUUACCAUCGAAUUCCAGUGAAGCAGACAAAAUGCAAUGCAUAUCAUCUUCCGCCAGCAUUUCUGAGGAUGAUAAUAGCCGAGCUAGUUCUAACUCACAGAAGAACUCUGGAUCUAGAGACCUUCCUCCUGAUGCUGAAGUGGUUAUACGUGUUCCAAGUUUGCCUCUUCGUGAUCAUUUUGGAUAUUCUCCAUCAGAGAUGGUGGUUGAUGGGUCAGGCAAAGGAAGCAGAAGCACCCGGUCUGAACAUGAGAAGGGUGUGUUAACUGAAAGUUUUAAGCCAAACAAAGUGAAAGAUGUACCUGUAGCAAGCGUGCUAGACCCAUCAGAUGAUGAGUUUGAUGAUCCUGAGUACAAUCAAGAUCCAGGUGACGGAGCACAAUGCGUCGAUCACCCAAGGGCCACAAAAUCGGGCGACUCCUUUUUCUCCAGCCUGAUAAAAAAGAGCUUUAAAAUUAACGGUGGGAUGGGCAAUGGCAGAGCAAAGGUGUUCAUCAAUGGCUAUCCCAUUUCUGAUCGUGCUGUGAGGAAGGCGGAGAAGAUUGCUGGACCAAUCUAUCCGGGUGAAUACUGGUAUGACUACCGUGCUGGAUUCUGGGGUGUCAUAGGACAGCCCUGCCUUGGCAUGAUACCCCCAUACAUUGCAGAAUUUAACUAUCCUAUGCCUAAGAACUGUGCUGGCGGAAAUACUGGUGUGUUCAUCAACAGCCGAGAACUUCACCAGAAGGACUUGGAUUUACUUGUGGGUCGAGGGCUUCCUGAUUCUCCUGAUAGAUCAUACAGAGUUGAGAUUUCUGGUAAAGUAUCCGACGAAGUAUCCGGUGAAGAGCUUUAUUGCCUUGGUAAACUCGCACCAACGGUGGAGAAGAUGAAGCGUGGGUUCGGGAUGCGAGUCCCAAGGACCAUUCAGUGAAAUUGGUUCACAUCGAGAAGCAGAGGCUCUGAGAUCUGUGUGCUGCCACGCCUUUGUGCUAGAGAUUGCUAAUGUCACCCCGCCUUGAAUCGUUGCAUCUGUCGUAGUGGCUGUUUUGAUCGAGUGUGUCAUGGUGUGACCAUGUAAUUUUGUCUGUGGAUUGUUCAAGCUUUCUCAACGCACAAGUUUCUGUUGUGUA